UCCAUAUGUAAUAAAUACAAUUUUAAUUUGGAUUGUAGUUUGGAACUGCAAUUAAAAAACCACAAUUGACAAACUAUAAGCAAUUUACCACGAAAACCGCUCCCCAAAUCAUAAAUAAUCGAAUAAUUUGAGGCAUGUUGCAUUAUAGAUGAAUGCCCUAAAGAAAUUAUUGCUCGGAAUAAUAAUUUGAUGUGAUAAGCAUACUAUUAGUACUCUUAAUUACACCUGUCAAACGUAAUAAAUUUUACAGUAGGGAAAUUAACACGACAAUUGCCUCCUUAUGACGAUUAAUAAGAUAUUUGAUGCUACAGACACAGGUAAUUCCACAUUCAAUCAACUGCUUAUUAAUCUAGUUGAAGCACCAACGUCAAGCUUUAAUAAAUAACGUUUCAAAGAAAAAAAUAAGCAGUGUUUCAGUCAACAGUCACGAUGGACAACACCCUAGACAUAGAUUUAACAGAGUUUGUGAGAUUUAACGUAAAUAGUAUCCACUUUUUCGGUUAUUUUCUACCCGAAUUUGGCAAACACCCAAAGAAGAAAAUCAUUUACGUGAUUUACGCGGUCAUAUUUGUGGGAACAACGUUUGGGUUGUCUCUAGUGAGCGAAAUCGCAAAUAUGAUAAAUGCGUUCGGAGAUAUUGAAAAAAUGACCGAUGCUUCAUUCCUACUUUUAACAAACCUAGUGCAAUGUUUCAAAAUGUACUCAUUUCUAACGCACGGUCCAAGAGUGUGGAAACUGAUCCACAGCAUGAACAAUAGUGAUUUUAAGCCGAAAAAUUUGGAGCAACGCAACAUUCUAGUUGAAGAAAUCAAAAUGUCGAAACGAAUUUCAAAAACGUUUUUUAUGGCCUGUACUAUUGUUUGCUCUUUGUGGGGAAUUUCACCCUUUAUUGAUAGAGGAAAUAGCGAAAAGCUUAGGCUGCCUCUGAGUGGUUGGUAUCCCUAUUCUACUGAUACAUCUCCAGGUUAUGAAAUAACAUAUGCCCACCAAACUUUAACAACAUGGAUUGAUGGGUUGGCAGAUGUGGGAAUGGACACUUUUUUGUCAGGUGUUAUCAUGGUCAUUGCCGCACAACUUAGCUUACUUAAUAAUUCUCUGAAAAACCUUACUAAAAAUUGCAAAAAUGACGGGAAAAAAGCUAACACAAACUUAAUUGAGUGUGUUAUUCAUUAUAGAACCAUAAUUCGUUUCGCAGAUGAGGUGACCUACCUGUUCACUUCUUGCAUCACGGCUCAGUUUAUAAUCGGCGUAAUAAUAGUUUGUGUCUCUUUAUUUCAAAUGACUCUAGUGUCACUAAGGAGCUUUCAAUUCUUCUCAAUGUUUUUGUACCAGGGUUGUGUUUUGAUGGAAAUUUUCCUGUGGUGUUAUUACGGCAACGAAAUCAUUUUAAAAAGCGACGAACUCACCAGAUCGGCUUAUAUGUGCGAAUGGAUUGAAGAGUCGAGAGAAUUUAAGAAAAAUUUGAUUUUUUUUAUGACACGUACGCAAUUUCCUCUCAAACUUUACGCUUCGAGAUACUUCACCUUGUCGCUUGAAACUUUCACAGCUGUUGUCAAGUCAUCAUGGUCGUAUUUUGCUGUUCUGAACCAAGUUCAUACCAAGUAAUCGUAGGACAGUAAUACAACAGUAGGAUUUAUUGUACAUUGUGUAAAAAUAAUAGUUAUAACAACUACACAUCUAUAGAUCACUAAAGCAGACUAAUAAAAAUAUUAAAUAUCCAACAUAUUGUCUUUUGCUG